AUGGCCUCCGAUUCCCAAAAGAUCAUUGACAUCCUCGAAGGCGUCAACCAUGCCUCCUUUGCUAACGAGGUAGAGCGUCUCCGCGUUCGUGCGGCUGCCCGCAAGCUACUUGCAAAGGUGGAGUCGCCUUAUGAGCGAGCUUGGGGUUUCUGCUUCGAGCACCCUGUUGUCUUUGCUGCUCUCCAGACUUCCAUUGACCUCGGUCUCUGGGCUGCCUGGAAUGCUUCCGGCGGUGGUGACAAAACCAUUGAUGAUCUAGUUAAGCUUGCCAAGCAUGAUAUCCAGCCAAACCUGCUUCGUCGACUGUUCCGUCUGCUGGCCGCGUUCAACGUGGUUGAAGAGGUGGGCGUGGACACAUUCAAGCCCACCCCCUUCUCAGCCGCCAUUGGCGACGAGAACACCAAGGUCCGAGCCUCUCUCGAAGCUGCUAACAACCAGUACAUCUUGGCAGGCCACAAUCUGCCCAAGUACCUGGCCAAGAUUGGCUACCAAGAGCCCACAGCUGCAGAGAACAACAACCAUUCGGGUAGCGACCCCGAUGGUCUGAACUUCUUCGGGCGUCUGCAAAGGAGCCCCAAGUUUUACGAAGAUUUCACUGGCCACAUGGAGGCAUGGACCACCUGGAAGACCCCCUGGACCAAGCUCUACGACCCCAAGAAGCUCAUUGAGGGCGCCACCAUUACGGAGAGUGCUCCCCUUGUUGUUGACCUGGGUGGCAACACUGGCAUCGACAUCUCCCAUGUCCUUACCGCCCAGCCUGGCCUGCCUGCUGGGGCACUCGUCCUUCAGGAUCUCCCUGAGAUCAUUGCCCGUGCGAAAGUUGACCCUAAGAUCACCGCUACGGCUCACGAUUUCUUCCUCCCCCAGCCCGUCAAGGGAAGCAGAGCCUACUUCAUGCACGCGGUCCUUCACGACUGGGCUGAUGACAAGGCCACUGAGUUGCUGAACAACACCCGUGAGGCCAUGGUCAAGGGUUACUCCAAGCUCUUUGUUUACGACAUCGUGCUGCCUCCCCAGGGCGCAAGUAUCAGCCAGACCACCAUGGAUGUCGAGAUGAUGUCUCUCCUUUCAGCCAACGAGCGUACCAAGGACCAGUGGGAGAAGUUGCUGACCGGUGCUGGCUUCAAGAUUGUCAACUACCACCCCGACCCCCAGGAGUACGAGAUGUUGAUCGAGGCUGAGAUCGCCUAG